UUGUGGUCCAGGGUGCGGACAAUCUGGAGCUCCCGAGGUAGGAAUCUCUGGAUAAAUUCUGAGGAAACAAAGGAAAAAGAUUGUGUAUCAAGUUCAGAAGGGCCUGUCUCCCCACCAUGUCCGGCUGGGUCUGGUGCCUUCUAAUCACAAUGUCAAAUUCCUUUUAACAGUCUUAAAUGUUUAGGUGCUUGGACAGUGCAAAGAAUAUUUGCCUUAUUUUUGUAGUUAAUUUAUUUUCAAAGGAACCAUUCCCUGCCAACCUCAGGGACUGUUGUGAACAGCCUGUGAGACCGUAGGUGUCCAGGUGCUUGGGUGACUGUUGGAUAAAGCCAAUCUCAGCUGUGAGGCCUGACUUGCCUGCAGUGUGGUGACCAGCCCCUCCUGCCCCUGCCUCCUGAACUGUUCAGGACAGUUCUUUCCCUGAGCCCAGUUUUUUCCCCAUUGCUGUCUGCUUCCACACCAGCAUCUGCCAUCUAGUGCUCUCUGCCACUCUGUUCUGAUGGGUUUGGGUUCUGCCUCUGAGAACCCUUUGCCUCCUGCCCCUUCAAGCUUGGGUUUUGGAUGGUCUGGUGUUCCUGGACUCCCAGCAUCCCUCUGUUCCCCAGGGACUUACUCCAGAGCCAUCAUCUUGGUUUCAGACUAAGGGGAGGAAGCCCCACCCACCACAAUCAGCCCUCUCCCUCCAAAGGGGCCCCAGCUCACCUUCUGGCCCUCCCAUCUUGUCUAUAAUUUUAAUUGCCACCUUUCUUUGGUGUUUUUUGGAAAAUGCUUCUUUGACUUUUGAGUAGGUCCCUUCCCCAAUGGUCUUGCCCAGCUGGUACCCAUUGGAGAGCAGAAAGUCCUCCAUGCUGUGUAGCGCUUCCUUCCUAUCAAGCUAUUAGCUCAUGCUGCCUCUGUGAGGCAGCUCUACUCCACCAUCGCCCUUGGCCCGGUCCUUUUCCCCCCAGGGACUUCACCCACAGCAGCCCCCAACGCUAGAACAUUCUCGUCUGGACACAGCAGCCGCAGGUGGUGGGGAGGGAGAGGGCCAGACAUUUUAAAACUCCAGCCCAAUUGUGAUGUAAAUAUUGUAUGACCCUUGGCCAAAAUGGCCUACCCUCAGCAGCAGCAGCACCACCAAACCCAGUACCGGUUAAGUCAUAGCCGCGCUCCCACCCCCGAGCCAGGUCAGGCUGGUGUAAAGGGGCGCUCCGAGGUGCCCGGGCUCCCUAAAAUGCCAGGUUCUUUGUGGAUGCCCCCUCCCAUCUGGUUGCUGUCGCCGCUGCGCCCCCAUGGGGCUGCUGGAUGUCAGCACCACCCAGUCUCAAAGCGCCAUGGCGGGAGCCCUCGGGCUCCCUGCGCACGACUGCACUAGGUGUCGGGCAGUGGGCGGGUUCCCUGGCGGGAGGAACGGGUUCUGUGAGGUCAGCACGCCAAGGCCCAGGUCACAAUGCGGCCCUCCCCCUCGACGCCCGGGCUCACACGCACCGCAGACACCUGCCCGGCUGCGCCUGGACCGGAGCGUCCUCCCGCGGCCAGGGCUCAGGCAGCUGCUUCCAGCCUGGGACCGGCCUCGGCCUCCAGCAGAGCGACCCGGGGCCUGGACAUGAGUGCCCAGGAGCCCCCUCAGGGUCGGAGAUUCCCCAUUGAGGCCGGAGACUCCCCUGGCCUUGCCGCCACUCCCGAGUCCCAGGACAGCCCAGAGCCGGUAGCUACGGAGCACAACCCUGUCAGGCCGCUUCGACGCUGCCCGGGCUGCCACUGCCUGACGCUGCUGCACGUGCCCAUCGACGUCUACCUGGCCAUGGGCGGGAGCCCCCGGGCCCGCGCCACCUGAGUGCGCCUGAGCACGUCGCGCGCGCCGAGCACGAGACAAUGAUGCACAUUUUAAAAUAAAAGAAUGAUGCACAUUUUAAUA